AUGGCAGCAUUGGCAUUGUUAGAAGAUAUUGCCAACCGCGCAAUAAGGCGAGAGAGAAUUUUUGGCGACCGAGCCGACUUCUUGGCACAUAGCGAUGAAUGGCUGAUGAGCAGGUACCGCUUACCAAGAGCCACUGUGUUGGACCUCUGUGCCCAAAUAGGGCCGCACUUACAGAGGCGCACAAAACGCAACCAGGCCAUACCUGCUGAGGUGCAAAUAUGCACAGUUCUUGGUUUCCUGGCUACAGGAACGUUCCAAAGAGAAAUAGGAGACCUGUCAGGUAUUUCCCAGCCAUCGUUCAGCAGGAUUUUGCCUGAUGUUCUUCAAGAACUCAUUUGUUUGUCUCCUCGGUUCAUCAAGUUUCCUUAUACUGUCGAAGAACAGCGAGAUGUGAGUGAAGAUUUCCUGCGCAUUACGGGAUUCCCAGACGUCAUCGGUGCAAUAGAUUGCACUCACGUUGCCAUACGAGUAGGGUUGGGUACCGUUCACAUUUUUACCGGUACCGGUUCCGAUACCGGUACCUGGAAUUCGAUACCGGUACCCAGCGGUACCUUUUUCGGUGACAGAGGUUAUCCUCUGAAGCCAUGGCUUCUCACCCCCGUGGCGCACCCACAGACACCCGAAGAAGCCCACUUCAACACGGCCCAUGCCGGUGCGCGGUCGGUAGUGGAACGCACUAUCCGUAUACUUAAGGGAAGGUGGCGGUGUUUGGAUGCAUCUGGAGGGAAGCUGCUAUAUGAGCCCCAAAAGGUGUGCAAGAUUAUCUUGGCCUGUUGUGUGCUGCACAAUAUAUCUCUGAGCUAUGGUAUUGAGAUGCGACAGGAGGACAUGCGCAUGGACCUCGGAGGAGAGGAUCACCCACCGCUACCUGCUGAAUUGAACACCCAUGCCACUACUCUAAGACGACGACGGGAGUUGAUUCACCGUCUAAACCAACAGGUAAAUGUUUCUGUUAAAUUAUAA